AUGGUGCCGCCCCAGACGCCCACGACUUCACGAACGACGUAUCAAGCCGCCGGGACACCGCUCGCGAACUCGGUCGACGGCAGCCAGUUCGGCAUGCACCACGGCAUGCCCAUGUCGCCGUUCAUGAGCCAGGGAUUCUUCGGGACACCUGGCCCAGCACAAUUCACCACGUGGUCCGAGGAGAAGGUAGCGACCAUGCAGGCGCGCCUUCAGAGGCAGCUGGGCCCGGAAUACGUCACCCAGCGUGCCGGACACGGCGGCGGAGGGAAGCUCAGCUACAUCGAGGGAUGGAAGGUUAUAAACCUUGCGAACGAAGUAUUUGGGUUCAAUGGGUGGUCGUCGUCUAUCACAAGAUUACAGACUGACUUCCUGGACGUCGAUGCCAACGAGCGCGUCAAGGUCGGCAUCACGGCAAUUAUACGGAUCACGCUGAGGGACGGGUGUUACCACGAGGACCUCGGGUAUGGACAGGCGGAGAACGUCCGAGGGAAGGCGACCGCGCUCGAGAAGGCGCAGAAGGAAGCCGUAACCGACGGCGUCAAGCGUGCCCUCAAACACUUCGGCAACGUCCUCGGUAACUGUCUGUAUGACAAGGAGUACUGCAAACAAGUGCAGAGGAUGCGCGUGGGGCCCGCCAAGUGGAAUCCAGACGAGCUUGAGCGCCGCCCAGAGUUCACUCCGGGAGGCGGGACCCGACCUCCAGUAGCAGCUCCACCAGCGGCAUCGGCGGUACCGUCACAUGUGUCUGGGAAUGCGAAGCCGCCCGCUCCGGCGCCUCCUGUUCGGGGACCAGCACCACCAGCACCACGCUUCGCUCGCGAGGAGACACCACUUCGAUCCAUCGAUGAGAACACCGUCCCAGUGGAGGAGCUAAACGAGGACUCCGAGUAUGCUUUCAUGGAGAGUGAAUCGCUCUUCGACGACAUGGAUCAGUCGGUCCUUGGCGCUCGCGUAGAUUGCGAUGUACCCAUGCUCGGUGAAGAGCGGUUAACGCGGUCUGAGUCUGCUCCUGGCCGCAACGGUGCGCUCAAUAACGCUCCCACUUACCAACACCGUCACCGACCUGACAUGCCUCCGCCCGUUGUUCCAGUCCAGAACGGGGGAUCGAGCUUAGUAGAGUCGAACCCAUCCAACGGCACGCGGAGCGAUGCGGGGGAGGAAGGCGUGCGGAAGAAGGUCGUUGGCGGCUUCGCAAUGCCGAAUGGGCCAGGCAACGGAGGGGCCAACGGAGGUAUGCAGCCGGCCGCAUCUCGCACUCCACCUGAGUCGGCCGCAGAUGCCGCUGCCAGGCGUCGUGCCGCCAUCCAAGCAAGUUUCAAGAACGACGCUCCGCCGCCGAACAUGCCAUUAGGUGGGGUAGACUGUGUGGCCAGCCGCGCGAACGGGAACUUGCAUGCACACGGCGCCGACCUCGGUAUCCCUAACGGUAACGGGCCCGGGUUCGGCGGGUUCGCAAGUGCUCGCGGCGUGAAGCGCGAGAGCAACAGCCAGUCACCAACGAAGAUGGAACGUUCGCGCUCUGGAGGGCCGCGACCGGCCUUAAGCGAGAUACCGGUCGACGCGAACGAGUGGGCGUCGAAGCGCUCGCGCGUGAUCUAG